CGCCGACCUUAGCCAGAAUGGCUUCACUUGCUUCUCUCAUAGGUCAGGCGUCUACUUCUUUCUGAAAUCCUUGUGCAACUCUUGUGCACCUGGUGGUUUGUUGGAUUUUACGACGAAAUGGCGGGCCCAGCGUCACACCGUUUCAAGCUGCGUUAUGCGGCCGCAGUCUUGUCCGCGCUCUUUGCAGCACUGUUCGGUGCGCUCAAGUCCUACCACCACCUUACCUUGGCCGGUGGCUGACACACGGAUCUCCCAGCUGUCAUCGCGAACAAUGGCACCGAAAACCCCUCUGUGCAAGAAUACUACACAAGCCUGGAGUCGUGGUUGGGUUACUGGGUGCUUCUGGGGAACACUCGGCACUGCGGGCUCUAUCCCAAAGGCCAGCUCUGGCCAUUCCCCGUCAGCAAGGCCCAGCGAGCGAUGGAGGAUCAGCUCUAUGCCAAGCUAGGCCGGUGCUGGUUCCGGAUAUGUCGCCAUGCACAUGGCCGAGAAGGGCCUUGUGGUUGAAGCCGUUGAUAUCACGCCCCUCUACGUCGGGGACGCUCGGCGGAACGUCGCGGUGCGAGGCCUGCAGGACAGAGUCUCCAUCCGCCUGGGCGACUACCACAAUCUGACCGACUUCCCCGAUGGCUCGUUCGACGGCAUCUACACUAUGGAGACGUUCGUGCACGCGGACGACCCCGUCAAGGUCCUGCGAAACUUCUACCGCCUCCUCCGUCCCGGUGGGGUGCUCGUGCAUAACGAGGCUGACUUCAAUCGGAACUCGGAUCUCUUGCAGGAUGUCCUCCGCCUGUCGCACUGCCAGAACACGCUCGAGGAGGGCGCGCUGACCCAGAUGCUACAAGAGGUCGGGUUCAAGGACGUCGAGCUGGACGAUCUGACCGACGAGGUCCUCCCGCUGUGGAGACUGUUUGGUGUUCUCGGACACGUGCCCUACCGCAUCUUGCAAUUCUUUGGCCUGCACACGCGCUUCACCAAUCUCAGGGCCGGCGUCGAGUCGUAUUUGCACUGGGGCGAGGGACAGUACAUCUCAGUCAGGGCGGUUAAACCUUGAUGUUCGAGUCAUCUUACCCAUGACUUCAGUAUUUGCAUGGCUCAAAGAUAGCCUGUGUCUAAAGGUAGAGCAAACACCCUUAUGAAUGACCAUUGCCUUUUGGCCAACUGUCAUUGUGCCUUGGAUACCACAGAACCCUUUCCUCGUGAGAACGUGCCAUUUGUUUUCGACAUCGGUUUCCCAUCAAGCGAGCAGAGGAAUUGCUGACUCUUUGCAAGCAUUUGAUUGCCUGUACUAGAUAGCCCCCGGUGUGGCCAGACCCUGUUCUGGGUUAUCACAUCUCUUCGGAGGCACAGGUUCAAAUCUAGCAGAUGAAAUGCUGAACACUGCAAGUGUUGGAUCAGAUAGCCUCUAGUGGCUCGGGAUCGGCGCAGAAUGGUUACGAGCUCACAGCUGCAGGUCUGUCUUCAACAGCCUUCGCCUCAGUUGAACAAUGGACUAAUUUGUGUGCACAAUCCGACUAAAGCGUUGUUUCUGGACUGCAGCGUGCUUUAUCAUUGACAAGUAUCCUUUGAUCUAUGACAGUGUUUUGCUAUGCUAGAAGAGCUCUUGCUUCGGUGGGAUACAAGUUCCAGUCUUCUCACCACGGGUACUGGGUCUCUGGUGAAGUGGUGAAAGUCGCAUGCUGCCCAUUCUUGUCAGUGUCAACGAUUAGUCGACAUGCCUCGAGCGCCCCAUCGGCAGCUUUGCCGGCCUGCUUGUUGUACCCGUUCAAGUUGGUGGCCCUGUGGCCUGGGCAAACCAUGUUGACCUUGAAGCCCUCCUUCCCCAGCUGAACCGCAUACAGUGCCCCGACCAUAUUCUCUGCGCAUUUCGACACUAUAUAUCCCUUGAUCCCGGGUGCAUUUCCCAACCCGUAGUAUGGGAAAGAAGGGUCCAGAGCGAGUGUGAUAGAGCCGAGCCCGGAGGACAUGAACAGGAGCCGCGGGAUCUGGGCCUUUCGCAUCAACGGAAUGAAUGCUUCCGUCACGCAUGCGGCGCCGACGGUGUUGGUCUGAAGCACUUGAGUCAUGCUCUCGCGGAACCCCACGUCCUUGACACUACUGAUUCCGGCAUUGUUGAGCAGGACGUCAAGCCGGCCGAACUUCUCCUCGACGUAUUUGGCAGCUCUGGCAAUGGACUCGUCGUCAUCGACAUCGAGCUCGAGAGGUUCGACCGAGGUCCCUUGGGCCAGAUCUGUUAUGCUGCUGGCUGCCUCUUUUCCUCGUUGUAGACUUCGGGAGCCGAGCAGGAUGUGGUAGUUGGCUUGUUCAGCGGCCAGCUUCUUGACGCACUCAUAGCCGAUCCCUUGGUUGGCGCCUGUGAUGAGGACGACAGUGUGAUCUGCUGUGACUGAUGAUGACAUAUUGGGGGUAAUAGCCUGGACAGAGAAGUUGAGAUCUCUGCUCUGCUGGCUUGUCUAUUAAGAGGUUGUUCUCAUUCUGCAGAACAUCCUGCGCUUUUGUACUUGGUACCUGGUCGCUGCUGGUCUCCCGUCGGACAUAGCG